AUGUCGACUACAGAAAACCAAAUGAGCGUCGUUCAACAAAUUGACCGUCAAAAUUCUGACACCCGAAAUUCUGACAUACUAAAUUCCCGAAAUAACAUCCCGAUAUCUAAAGUUCCGAAAAUACUAAAAUCCGACAUUCAUCCCGAAAUGCUGACAUAG